UAUGUCGGGCACGCCAAGAAAUCUUAGAUCUAGACUUCGUUCCGAUUCUACUAACAGAGUUUUGAGCCCCUUAUCUUUGAACUUUGCACGACCUGAUAAGACCAUGGCUCCGAAAGCAGAUCCCGUCGCUACUGAUGUUUUCAUCAAUAGGAUACUAUCGAACAAUGAUUUUAUCGAUACCUUGGUAUCGAAGAUUACUGAUCGACUCAAAGGUUUUAUCGAUGAGGCAAUUUCAACUGCGCUUAAAAUCACUAGAGAGGAGAUCUCAGAUCUAGCGGCGAGCGUAUCUGCUCUCAAAAAGCGGGUGAUAAAACUCGAGUCUGAUUUUCAACAUCGCACCGACGAUAUAGAACAGUAUCAGCGACGUACGAGUCUGAGGGUUUUCGGGAUACGGGAAAGACCAAAUGAGGACACCGAUCAACUGGUCCUUGAUAUUUUCAAGACUAAGCUGCAGCUUGAUGACUUUUCUCUGGAACGAAUCCAGCGCUCGCACAGAGUCGGAAAGAGGCAGCCUCCGGAUGCGAGCGGCACAGUGCGUCCUAGACCAAUCAUUGUGCGCUUUUCUGGCUACAGGGAGCGUCGGCGAGUGUUCGAAAGGAAGAAGAUGCUGAAGGGGUCCAAUAUCACAAUAAAAGAGGAUCUAACAAUGCUUCGAUUGCAGGUCUACAAGGCGGCAGCGGCGAAAUUUGGCUUUUCCAAAGUGUGGUCCAGUGAUGGAAUUGUGAAAUGGGUUGAGGGAGAGGGUGAAGGAAAGCGGAUUCGUUCCGCUGUUAGGCUCUCUGAUCUCGAUUAGCUACUAUUGUUGGGUUUUCAACACCCUCUUCACGUUGACUGUUAAUGCACUCUGUAUUCAUGAAUAUUUAUUUGAAAUAUUAAGACUUUGCAAAUGAAUUUAUUCUUAAAGAUAUUACAGUACAUUCUAGGAUGUAAGUUAAUAAUUUUUCAUAAUUUAUUAUUCAAUCUUUUUGUUUAUUUAUUUACUAUUUAUAACUAUUUUGAGUAAUAGUUACUGUUGCAAUGAUUGGUGUUAUGUCUCCAAUGUCAUGCAUAUUCUGUGAAGUCUUCUAAAACUUUUUUCCCUUUAAUACCGUACCGUUAUAAUGAAGUUGAAAAUAUGUUAUGAAUGACUUUCCAAUUAUACUGAUCAUAUAAUGAUGUAUAAUUACAUAAAUAUAUUCAUCAGGUGUAUAUACGAUAAAUAAAAAAUCAGGUUUAUAAUUGGAUUUGGCUUUUCCAAUGCUAUCACUCUAUAUUUUCCCUGAUUUGCAUAAAUAGCAUUUCUUAGCGACCAGUAUACAAUUGUUGCUUUUUAGUUAUUGCUCUAUGAUUAAUUAUUGUGGAUCUGUAGCUUAUAGUUUCUCAUGUUGAAUUGCAGCAUAUUUUAUAUUCUUUCCUGUCGAAUCUGAAGUACUUAUAUUAAUGGUAUUAUAUUUACUAAAAUUUCAACUGAUUCGUUAUUGUAUUUCACACUAGUUUGCGCUUGUUUAUCAUCUUUACGUCUAUAAUACCUUACUAUGAACUGGAAAGAAGUAACUAUUAUUACCCUAUACUAUUUUAUUACUAUUUUAUACUGUUAAUACCCAAUACUAUCUUAUUACUAUUUUAUAUACUGAUCAUAAUGAUGUAUGACUACAUAAAUAUAUUCAUCUAUGAUUAAUUGUAGAUCUGUGUCUGGUUUCUCAUGUUGAAUUGCAGCAUAUUCUAUAUUCUCCCCUGUCGAAUCUGAAGUACUUAUACAUUGUAUUAAUGGUAUUAUAAUUAUUGAAUUUCAACUGUUCCGUUAUAUUUCACACUAUAGUUUCCGCUUGUUUAUCGUCUAUACGUCUAUACCUUACUAUGAACUGGAAAGAAGUAAUUAUUAUUACCCAAUACUAUUUAAAAAUACAAGCUUCUUUAGUCCAUAUAGGAGUCGGACUUUUACCCCACUAAUUGAAAUAAUAGUAAUGAUAAUGUUUGUGUUUGAUGAUGAAUGCUUGUUAGAGUGUUGUGUGUGCAUGUGUUGCUCGCUGGUUGUGUUGUGCUGGCCUUCGUCUCGCUGCUGCCGCGGUCUCGUCGCGGCCGGUCGCCGUGGUUCCUGACCAGCCCGCCUCCCCGGGCCAGCAUGCUCCGUCCGUUCGGUCUGCCCUCUGUCAAGCUCUCUCACACUCCAACGGCUUGUUAAAGGUUGCCCACAUCAAUGCCCAAUCGCUACCGUGUCAUAUUGAUGAGGUUAGGACAAUAUUUGAUAGUAGCUUGUUGGAUCUUGUCCUGGUAUCAGAAACUUGGCUGAAACCACAUAUAAGUGAUAAAUGUGUCGAAUUGACAGGUUACUCUCUGUUUAGAAAUGACCGUCUCCAUAAGGGAGGAGGAGGUGUGGCAGUCUAUGUCAGAUCUCAUUUUCCAGUUACCAUUCUACAUGUGUCUGAUAGCAUGAUUGCUAAUCAGACUGAGUUUAUGUUCUUGAAUGUUUCUGUAAGAGGGGUUCACUUGCUUGUAUGUGUUUGUUAUAAGGCUCCUGACAUUGGUUCUAUUAGAGAAUUUGAAAAAUCUUUAUUAGACCUGAUGACUGGUUUCAAGCAUGUUAUUGUCAUGGGUGAUUUUAAUACCAAUCUACUUGAUUUAUCUUCUGUGAAUAGAUCUAAUUUUGUUUCUAUGUUCAAUUGCUGUAAUAUGUCUAUUUUACCUAUGCAGGCAACGCAUCACACGGCGACUGCUGAGACCUGGCUGGAUGUGGCUGCUGUUGGUGAUGCAAGUUUAGUUGCUCACCAUGGACAACUAUCUGUCCCUGGAAUUUCUAAACAUGAUUUAAUAUUUUGUGCCUACCGACUGCAUCCUCCAAAACCCAAACAGGAGUUCAUCACCUACAGGAAUUACAGAUAUCUUGAUAUGAAUUCUCUUCUGUUGGAUGCUGCCUCAAUCCCAUGGUAUGAAGUUGUCCUAACUGCCAACGUGGAUGAAAUGAUUGAAAAAUUGAAUACUUUUUUGUUGGUCCUAUAUGACACACAUGCUCCUUUAGUUACCAGGAGAGUUAACAAGAAACCUGCUCCUUGGUUUGGUCCAGAGAUUCGUGAGAUGCAGAAAGUGAGAGACUCUGUCUUCCGUAGAGCCAAACGUUCUAAAUCAGCAGCUGACUGGGCAGAAUACAAACGACUGAGAAAUAAAACUCAGCAGGAGAUCAGGAAUGCCAAGAUUGAAAUUGUGAAACAUGAGAGUCCAUUUGAACAAAUUGACAUUGAAAUGAAGAAUGAACCUUCUCAUAGCAGUACAGCUAUUCAUCAGAUCAAGAGAGAGAAGCAAGAAGAUGGAUUCGUAGAACUUCAAUUGACAACAAAUAACAUCAAACAGGAGCCAAUAACCUCAGAGGAAGCCACAACUACUACUCAGGUAUAUUAAUAACUAAUUAUCAACAUUGUAAUUAUAAUAACUAUUUCUUGACAUUGUUUCUGAUUGCAUCUACAGCUUCACUGACAAUACAUAAUACACAAAAGUAAUCAAAGAGUGUGACAUAUAGCAACAAUACUUUAAAUAAAUAGGUAGUAAAAAUGCAGUUUUAAUAUUGAACUGAUAGUGUAUUAUUGAGAAAGCAAUGAGUGGUAUUGUUAUCAUUCCUGAUGUUUCUUUCGGCUAUCAAUAUCCUAUAUCAUUAAACGAG